AUGGACAACUACUCCAUCCUCAUGGAUAUUAAGGAUCUUCUGACUCUUGAGAAGCCCACUCCUAUGAAAGGUUACGCUAAAAAUCGGAACAAAAAUAAACGCUAUCACUACCAUGAGGAUGUCGACCAUAACACAACCGACUACUUCAGCCUCAAGCGGGAGCUUGAUCGUCUGGCCGACAAAGGGGCAAUGAAAUCCUAUGUGAUGUCCAAAGUGGCUUCAAAAUCGAAUCCUGGGAAGCUGAGCAAAAAGAAUCCCCAGCCUGCUAUCAGCUCUGAAACGGAAGAGGAACCGAUCUAUACGAUAGCAGGCGGAUUCGCCGGUGGUGGUCCAACCAUCCGGGGCAACAAGGAUCAUCUGAGAAAGAUGGUCCAUUCUAUUAAUGAGGGACAGGCAGCUAGCACAUCCGCCUUCCCUAAUGUCAACAUCACCGAACAAGACAGAGGAAGCUCCUCAGAUAUCAUUAGCUACAAAUGUCUAUCCAAGCUGAAAUACAGGCCGGAUAGUAUGACGGAUGUCUCCCACCCCCUUGUGGGUUUUGGCGGAGGAGUUGUGCAUCUAGUCGGACGCAUUGAUUUGCCCAUCCGACUGGGAGAGAAAGGAAGCAGUUGGCACAUGACCAUCUGGUUCCUAGUGGUCGAGGAGCUGACCGCCUACAACCUCAUCCUUGGCCGACCUACUAUUAACGAGUGCAAGGCAGUCAUCAUUCCUGCUCUCAUGCUUGUCAAGUAUGAGAGGGGUAAUGGUACUGUUGGCUCCCUAAACGAGGAUUAG